AUGCGACUGACAAACCUGGAUAGUGGCAAAGACGCUGGCCAUGCGCCGAAAUCGCCACAGCGUGAUCCGCAGGUGGAUACAGCAGAUGUGUCCAAUCCUUCCUCAUUUGUUUUCACGACCGCCACGCGCACUGCGCCGCCGGCCGCGCUGAACACAGGCUUAUCUCCGCAGUCGUCCAACCCUCACGUCGACUGGUAUGACUACCACGAUGAGCAUCCGGGGUCAAGCAGGCAUUCCCCGGCACUGGCCUACCAGCCUCAUCCGCUCGGAUCAGCGUCCCACUGGGAGCAGUCAUACGAACUUCCCAGUGGGCCCCCAGGUAGUUCGCAUUAUUUCCCGUACAAGCAGCACAUACAUUUCUCGCAUCUCGCGCUCCAAGACCGAAUGCGCACGGUCAGCGACUUUGGCCAGGCCCAGGAAGGCUCUGAUUUCCAUCACAACCCUUCCGUGGAUCACCCGCAGCACUUUCAAAGCGGAGUCGCCCAUAUGUCGCACGCAGCGAGAUGGCCGCCCGCCAGAGGCAUGCUCCACGCACAUCAAGAUCAGUCUCGACCUCAUCAGCACUCUCGAUCAGCGGAUGACAACCAUCUGCUGAGAGGGCCAAGUGGAACUCAGGGACGAGAUGCUCCAAGCACUCAAAAUGCGCAGGGCACAAUGCCACCUUCCUCGUUCGUUGGUAGGGCUUUGAGCGUACAUUCUCGAUCAUACAUUGCAGAAACGAAUUCAGAGUUCUCCUCCAGCUGCACCGACCUUUUUGGUCCCGAAGCAAGUGCCAUCGAAUCCGUUGAUACUUGGCAGGCACGCCGCCGUCACAAUUCGGCACCGAGCGCGUCUUCCAAAAGCACGCCGGAAAUCAAGUACGAUUCAAUGGGACUCGCCAAGAAUCAAUGUCCCCAGUGCCACAAGAUUUUCUCAAGGGUAAGUUCUUUGCAGGUUCACUCUUUGGUGCACACUGGUGACAGGCCCUUUGCAUGUCCUUGGCCUGGCUGCAUAAAGUCGUUCAAUGUCAAGAGCAACAUGGUGCGGCAUUAUAAGAUCCACGAGAAGAAAGUAAGCGUUGUAAAGCGCGAUUUUGGACCUAGAUCUGAUAAUGCAAAAUGUGACAAAAAUGACUGA